AUGUCGCUGUCACCACAGUCGAACGAAGUAUCUUCGUCACGAAAUGCGCUCAUGACUUCCGAUGUGCCCGCGUCAGCCAAGAAAGGCAAGCUGUCGCCGCACGAGAGGCAAGCACAGGCUAUCUCAAAGCUGCUCGCCAACCCGGACAAGGAGAUCCGCAUCCCCGAGGGUCCCAAGGAAAAGUCGAUACGAGCGCCACGAGAUGUCAUGAAGAACGUCACGGGGUCUAGUGCGGGCGCCGGCUCAGGCGAGUUCCAUGUGUACAAGCAGCAGCGUCGGCGAGAAUACGAACGCAUCCAGCUGAUGGAAGAACAGAACAAAAAGCUGACGGAACAGGAAGAAUUUGAUCGGAAACGCGCUCAGAUGCAAGGCAAGGACGAGGCUAAAACAGACAAGAACCGUGCCAAGCGCGAAAAGAAGAGGCUCGCUGCCUUGAAAGCACAGGCAGCUGCCAAAGGCAGAGACGUAUCAAAAGUAGUCGCAGCGAGAUCUGGUCCAGAUAGGCCGGACGAGGGGCCUGACGCCAAGAAGCAACGCCUACACAAUCAUGCAGUACGAAGAGUCGAGUUCAAGCAAAAGUACGAAUCAGACGAUGAUGACGACUCAUGA